AUAUUUAUAUAUAUAAAUGUGUAUGUAUAUAUAUAUGUAGAGGCAAGAGUGGAGGAAGCAGAGGGGGAGAGAGAGAGCUCUGCCAUCCUUUUGGACUUCACGCGCUGCCCAAUGUUGGGCUGGUUACCCCUGGAUAUGUUGCUGGUUUCCAUUUGGAAUUUGACGAAGGGAAGGAGGAGGAUAUAAAACCUGGGGAGCUCGACAAGGUGUUGUUUAUGGCCACAGGAGGGAGCUCAAAUCCAGACAUGGGAGGAUCGGCUUGAUUUCGGAUCCAGAGCCUCUUAAACUCUGCUUUUCCUCUAAGCUGGUCCCUGUUAUGUCCAGGAUCUGGCACCUGCUUGACAUUUACUUUGAGUUCCAGAGGACCCGAGACCUAGGAUGAGGAGCAUUGGAUCCGCCCUGAACCUGCUUUUGGUAUCUCCACUCUACUUUGUGUGGACCGUGGUCGCUCUGGACCUGGCACAAACUCCCUGCACCACUUUGGUCCAAGGGAAAUUCUUUGGGUAUUUCUCCUCCUUCGCCGUCUUCCCGUUGAACUCCUCCCUGUGCUCUUGGAUUAUCCAAAACCCCGACCCUCGCAGGUACACUUUGUACAUGAAGAUCCUCAAGCCCUCCGGCGUAUGUGACCACCAGCACAUCCGCACCUACCAGUUCGACUCCUUCCUGGAGUCCACCCGCACCUACUUGGGCAUGGAGAGCUUCGACGAUGUCCUGAAGCUCUGCGACGGCUCCACCCGCUUUGCCUUCCUCCAGUCCAACAAACAAUUCCUGCAGAUGAAGCAGACGGCCCCGCCGGGCGUGGACACCUGGCCCAUGAGGUGGAAGCCCACCAAGGCUCAGGAGAGGGACUUCUCCGUGGAGUACCUGGUGGUGGGCAACAGGAACCCCAGCAAAGCCGCCUGCCAGAUGCUCUGCAAGUGGCUGGACGCCUGCCUGGCCAUCAGCAGCAGCUCCCACCCGUGUGGCAUCAUGCAGACCCCGUGCUCCUGCUCGGGAGGGGAGGUCCUGGAUCAGGCCAGCGAGAUCCUGGGCUUCACCAGGAAGAAGGAGGAUUGCUACAAGGAUGGGAUUUACCUGGAGAACUGCGUGAGCAGCCCCAAGGACAGCAACGGAGCCGAGUUCCUGGGUGGUUGGAACUCCUGGUCGGCUUGGGGCGACUGCACCAAGGACUGCGGGGGCGGCCUGCAGACCCGCAUGCGCUCCUGCAAGCCCCUUCCCAACGAGGGCCUGGCCUGCGAGGGAGUGCUGGAGGAAGGACGGCUGUGCAAUAGGAAGGCUUGCAAUACCAAUGGACGCUAUAAUUCCAGAAGCCAAUCGCUGAGGUCCACAGAUAACAGAAAGCGAGAGGACCCUGACGAACUGCAGCACUACGGGUACCCUGCACCUCAAAUAGGUGACCCUGCAGCAGAGGAGUGGUCCCCGUGGAGCGUGUGCUCGACCACCUGCGGGGAGGGCUGGCAGACCAGGACCAGGUUCUGCGUUUCGUCUUCCUACAGCACCCAGUGCAGCGGCCCUCUCCGGGAGCAGAGACAGUGCAACAACUCUGCCGUGUGCCCAGUGCAUGGCACCUGGGAUGAGUGGUCUCCAUGGAGCCUGUGCUCUUCCACCUGUGGGAGAGGCUACAGGGACCGGACUCGCACCUGCAAACCACCCCAGUUCGGUGGGAACCCCUGCGAGGGCCCGGAGAAGCAAACCAAGUUCUGCAACAUCGCUCUCUGCCCAGGCCACUCAGUGGACGGCAACUGGAAUGAAUGGUCAAGCUGGAGCUCGUGCUCCGCUUCCUGCUCCAACGGGACCCAGCAGCGGACGCGGGAGUGCAACGGGCCCUCCUACGGCGGAGCCGAGUGCCAGGGACACUGGGUGGAGACCCGCGACUGCUUCCUGCGCCAGUGCCCAGUGGAUGGGAAGUGGCAGGCCUGGGGAGUGUGGGGCAGCUGCACUGCCACGUGUGGAGGUGGCACUCAGAGACGUGACCGGGUGUGCUACGGCCCCUUCUUCGGUGGGGAGACUUGCCAGGGUCCCAAGGAGGAGUACAAGCAGUGCAAUGACAGAAAAUGUCCUGAGCCCCAUGAAAUCUGUGAUGAGGAGAGUCUUGGCCCCGUGGUUUGGAAGGAGACGCCAGCCGGGGAUGCUGCCGCCGUCCGGUGUCCCCGCAAUGCCACUGGGCUGAUCCUUCGAAGAUGCAUCUUAGAUGAAGAAGGCAUCGCUUACUGGGAGCCUCCAACGUACAUCAAGUGUGUUUCUAUUGAUUACAGGAACAUACAAAUGAUGACCAGGGAACACCUUGCCAAAGCUCAGCGUGGGCUGAUGGGAGAUGGGCUGUCAGAUGUGCUCCAGAACCUUGUGGAAAUCUCCCAGGAUGGGACCAGCUACAGUGGGGACCUGCUGUCCACCAUGGAUGUACUCAGGAACAUGACAGAGAUCUUCCGUAGGGCUUACCACAGCCCGACUUCUGGGGAUGUGCAGAACUUCGUCCAGAUCAUCAGCAACAUUUUGUCAGAGGAAAACCGGGAAAAAUGGGAGGAAGCUCAGCUGAUAGGGCCAAAUGCCAAGGAGCUGUUCAGGCUCGUGGAGGAUUUCAUUGAUGUCAUCGGCUUCCGCAUGAAAGAUUUCCGGGAUUCCUACCAAGUCACGGACAAUCUGGUCCUUGGUAUCCACAAACUGCCUGCAAAUGCAGCAACUGACAUCACUUUCCCCAUGAAAGGCUGGAGGGGAAUGGUGGACUGGGCCAAGAACUCGGAGGACAAGGUCACUGUCUCCAAGAGCAUCCUGUCUUCAGGGCUCUCAGUGUCAGACGACUCCUCUGUCUUCGUGGUCGGGACCGUGCUCUACCGGAACGUGGGCAACAUCCUCUCCCUGCAGAGGAACAGCACCGUUCUGAACUCCAAAGUCAUCUCUGUGACUGUGAAGCCAUUCCCUCGGUCUCUCCUCACCCCUCUGGAAAUCGAAUUCUCCCACCUGUACAACGGAACCACCAACCAGACCUGCAUCCUGUGGGAUGAAAAUGAUGGGUGAGUUCUGUGGGUUUUUCUUUACUCUCACAGGUCUGUUUGCUUUUUUGGGGGUGAAAU